AUGGACAAGCCCGACAACUCUGCCGCUCCUGUGGGUGCGUCAAGCCCAAUCCCAAUUCCGAUCGAUCAGCAACAGCGCUCGAACUCGCAUCAGGGUAGCAUUGGCAAUGGUUCUGGCUCGCACAGAACCCCGAGCCACAUCCCCACGCAUCGCCAGAGCUUUGCUGAGAACCUGAGAAACCCGCCUCCUUCGCCCCGGGCACAGAGACACCUGUCUCUCUCACAAUCUGCCAUACAGGAACUUCUUCUCAAGAACCCCUCCUCCAAACAGCCUAAUCCCCAAUUCGCGAAUCGGGACUGGCGUGAUGUGGCCGUGGGGGAGCUUGUUACGCAGGAUGACGUCAAGUGGGCAGAUUUGGAUACAAGCGUCGAGGAGGCUACGAUGUUGCUUCUGAGGAGCUCCCCAGCAAAUGUGGUCCUCGUCCGGGAGAAGAGUACAGACAAGACGCCUGUGUCCACCUUUGACUACAAUGACCUGAAUGCGUACAUCCUCGUCGUUGUUGGCCUGGCGCAUCCUGAGGAUGAAGAACAAGUCGCCAUAUACGACGAAAUAGCCAGGAAGGCUCGGGAAAGGGUGCCCAUUCCGCUACGUGAGAUUCAGCCUAUCUGUCGCAAAGAAGUUCUCGUCACGUUCCCUGCGGAUGAACCCCUAGCCAGGGCGGUCGAGGUGCUGGGAAGCGGCAUCCAUCGAGUCUUCGUCACCGCCACUAAUGGAGAUGUCAUUGGAGUCCUCAGUCAACUGAAGGUUUUGGGAUUUUUCUGGGAAGAGGGUGUUUCGUUCCCUGAAAUCGACAGGUUAUAUCCGGUACCGUUGCGCGAUCUUAAGCUGGGAACUCAUCAGAUCAUUGCCAUCAAUGCCGACAGGCCUUUGGCUGAGGCCCUGACGUUGAUGAGCAACGAAGGGCUUACAUCCGUCGCUGUUGUUGACAACGGCAUGAACGUAGUGGGCAACAUCAGCACUGCCGAUGUGCGACUUCUGACUUCGGCCGCCAGUAUGCCCUUGCUGGAGUCAACCUGCAUGCAUUUCAUCAGCGUCAUCCUCACCGAGAGGGGUGUGGAAAGGGGCCAAGACUCGUUCCCCGUCUUCUAUGUGAACCCGUACUCUACUCUCGCCCACACCGUCGCAAAACUCACGGCUACCCAAAGCCAUCGAAUGUGGGUUGUCGAGAGCCCGUCGCCAUCUCCAAGCGUCCCUGGCACACCACUAUUACAACCAGUGUCGUCUGCCUCGUCGGGUCAGGUUGCGGCAACGACGCCGGCCACGCAAGCAAAUACAUAUACUGCUUCUGGAACACCUGCGCUGUCCACGGCAACUUCGACCGGCUCUACGGUAGUGAUGCCCUCGGCUGUCCCGACUACCCCACUCCCACCACCCGUAAGCUCGUCGGUGCCGGCCGCAGCGCUACCUGGUGCUCACCUUUCCGGACGACUUACUGGCGUUAUCUCCUUGACCGACAUUCUGAACAUGUUUGCAAAGUCAUCGGGACUCCAUCCCUCAGACCCGGGCGAGCAGCGUGCCCGUCGAAGACGCAGCUCGAGCGCGAGUAUGCGCCCGAGUAUGGAAGCGUCUAGACCAAGCGCCGAGUUUAUUAGGAGAUUAGGUUGA